ACGAUCACUUCAGUUCCAGUUUGAUUCCGUCGCGAGGCAGUCACGUUGAUUGUCGCUGUGUAUUUAAGUGACCUUGGUUAAAAUUUCAACGCCACAGAAUGAUAGCUCUUCUGCUGCUAUCGGUGAUUGUCGUAGCUUUGCUAUGGGUUUUGACCACUACUGCAAAGAAUAUUCUGACAGUUCGGGAGCUUCAACGCAAGCUGCCAAACUUCCAGACCGUCCCAUCGGUUGCUGUGUUGGGCAACUCGCACCUCUACCGAAAGGAUCCAACCCCGCCGGGAAUCUUUGCCACCUUUACCCGCUUCCAUCGGCUCUACGGUAACGAUCUAAUCUCGCAAGGUUUAUUCAACCAACCCAAUCUUGCGGUCACCAGUGCCAAAGUAGUCGAACAGGUGCUCCAAGCGAAAACGAUUAAAAAAUCCAUUAUCUACGAAUUCAUGAAGCCCUGGCUCAAUGAGGGAUUGGUAACAUCACUUGGUAAAAAGUGGGCUCAACGAAGACGAAUCAUUACUCCAGCGUUUCACUUUAAAAUCUUGGAGGAAUUUUUAGUGAUAUUCAACCAACGAACCGAGGUGUUUACUGAUAAACUUAAGGGACAGGUGGGCAAAGGGGAUUUCAACAUCUACGAGUAUGUGACACUUUGCACGUUGGAUAUCAUCUCGGAAUCUGCCAUGGGAGUUAAGCUUAACGCUCAGGAUGACCCGGAUUCAUCGUACGUGAAAGCUGUUAAGAAAAUGUCCGAAAUUAUCUUCCGUCGACUGUUCAGUCUUUCGCGAGAGUACAAAAUUGCAUUUUGGUUGAGCAAAGCAGCAGAACAUCAGAGGGCAGCUCUUGAAGUUUUGCAUAAUUUUACCGAUUCGGUCAUUCUUCAACGGAAAGCACAACUUGACGACGAGCAAUCUAGGAAAGAAACCCUGCAGAAGCUGGAAGAGUCUGACAUCUACGGAAAACGGAAGAUGACCCUAUUGGAUCUACUGCUGAAUGUAUCCGUUGAAGGGCAUGCCUUAAGCAACUCGGAUAUUCGCGAGGAAGUGGACACUUUCAUGUUUGCUGGGCACGAUACCACUACGUCUUGCAUUAGUUUCUCAGCUUAUCAUAUCGCUCAGAAUCCAUCAGUUCAGCAAAAACUGUACGACGAGAUGGUUCAGGUAAUCGGUAAGGAUUUCAAAAACGCCGAACUGACCUACAGCGUGCUGCAAGAGCUGAAAUAUUUGGAUAUGACUAUCAAGGAAGUGCUCCGGAUGAAUCCGUCGGUUCCGAUCAUCGGUAGGAAAUCAGCCGGCGAUAUGGUGAUCGAUGGCCAGUCCAUUCCAGCCGGUGUCGACAUAGCGGUUCUGAUCUACGCAAUUCAUAACAAUCCGGAGGUUUUCCCCGAUCCGGAAAAGUUCGAUCCGGAACGGUUCAAUGAAGAAAACAGCAGCAAGCGACAUCCCUACAGCUACAUCCCUUUCAGUGCGGGAGCGAGAAAUUGCAUCGGACAGAAGUAUGCCUUGUUUGAGAUCAAAGCUACACUGGUAAAGCUGCUGGGAAAUUAUCAGCUACUGGCAUGCGAUCCGGAAAACCAGGUUAAGAUCAAGUCCGACAUGACGUUGCGCCCGGUGAAUGGAACGUUUGUGAAGAUUGUGUCACGAUGAAGGGUUUGAACAAAUAAAGAUUCGGUACGAUUAGCAAUAGCAAUAGCA